CAAGCUGGGACAGAAAGAUACACAUUUAAGUCCCAGAUUCAAGAAAUCUUUAAGUGGAUGUUUUUUCGUAAACAGAUCAAAUAAUGACAGUGUAGCCGUAAAACAUAUGUAUUGAAAUAUUUUAAAGGUCUUCUCCGGAAAUUAUUAUCACUUUUACGGAAUGGAGAAUGGAGGCUCCAAUAUGAAGGAAUCAGCAGAAAAGGACUGUCAACCGAUAGAAAGAGGGCUGUAUGACAGAGUGAUACGAUUUCUUCUGAAAGUAGUUCCGUGUCGGCUCAGACUGGUCCUAAAUAUUUGAAAAUAUAACCUGAAUAUUACCAUCAAAGCAUUACAAAAUGGGGGAUACGGAAGGGGGUGCUACGAUGACAUGGUGGUUGUUCCUUAGUAUUACAAUAAGCGUGUUUGGUAACUCCUUCCUGUAUGGUUAUAAUAUAGGGGUUGUCAAUUCUCCGGCAAGGUUGAUCAAAGCCUUUUACAAGAUGACCUAUCUCGAACGUGAUGGAAUAUUUACAUAUUACAAUCCUGCAGACAGAAAUUUAUAUUUUACUUCACUUCCGGGCAACUAUUCCAUGUCAUCCACUGCUGAACCGCUAGGUAACGCUCAAACAGUAGCGGAACCAAUGGCACAACCGGAACCAGCUGAUGGUUCCAAUGGCACAGAGACAUUUCGUAACCCUUUUAUAGCUAGAACAGAGGCUGAGAUCGAGGCGGACAAUGUCAUUGAGAUACUCUGGUCAAUCACUGUCGCUUUUUUCGUUUUCUUUGGAAUGAUUGGUGCAUUCACAUCUGGUAAAAUAGCUGAUAAAUUUGGCAGAAAGAAAGGCAUGGUUUUAAUCACAUUUCUCAUGUUUUUGGCGGGAAUAUUUGGCGGUAUACCGACAGUAGCAAAAUCACCUGAAUGUGUCAUGGUAUCAAGAAUUUUCGUCGGGCUUCACACAGGAAUGGGUAUAAGUUUGGCAUCCCUGUACUUGGCUGAAAUAUCACCAAAGAAGAUCCGAGGAGCGGUCGGCACGUGUCAUCAACUUUUUGUCACUAUGGGUAUACUAUGGUCAAUGGUUUUGGGUCUUCCAAAAUUAGCUGGUACAUGGGACGCUUGGCCGUCGCUUUUUGCUUUCAACGCGGGUCCUGCUCUAGUGUGCUUGAUUUUUCUACCACUAUGUCCAGAGAGUCCCAGAUAUUUGUUGAUCAAGAAAAAUGACGAGGAUGGGGCAAGGAAAGCCCUAAGAAAACUUCGUGGUAGCAGUUAUGAUCAUAUAGAAGAGGAGAUAGAGGACAUGAAAGUUGAGGCUAGGAAAGCGUCGUCGGUAAAAACAUUUACAAUGAAGAAGCUUUUAGUAACACCAGAGUUAAAAUUGCCAUUAAUUAUAGCCAUCGUCGUCCAGAUAGCGCAACAAUGGUCUGGUAUAAAUGCUGCAAUGGCAUACUCUAGUUUUAUUUAUGCUCAAGCUAAUGUUGAUGACAGUGUCAUACCAUAUGUUGUUGUGGGUCAAGGUGCCAUGAAUGUCGUGUCAACUUUAGUUAGCGUCCCGCUUAUGGAGAAAUUAGGUCGGCGACCACUAUUGAUAUGGCCGCUAUGUGGCAUGAUAGCAUCUUUUAUAGCACUAACUGUAUGUCUCAAUCUUCUACAAGACCCAGCAUAUGAGUCAUCGAAGAACGCUCUUGCGAUCAUUUCUAUUGUUGCCAUGUUAACAUUUGUCAUCGGGUUUGCGUUGGGACUUGGUCCUAUUCCAUAUACGAUAGUAUCCGAGAUAUUCCGGCAAGAACCACGUGCAGCGGCUAUGAGUCUCUCCAUGGCAAUCCAGUGGACUUGUAAUUUUAUCCUGUUAUUAACAUUUAGGUUUAUUCAGAAAAGUAUAGGCGCCUACACAUACCUUAUAUUCAUCAUCAUCAUGGUCGCCUCGUUCAUCUUUUUAUUCAUCUACGUGCCGGAGACCAAAAAUAGGACGUUCGAUGAAAUCGCACGUGCCAUAGCUUCCGGUAGAGAAAAGAAAAAACGUCAAUAUAGUGAAGACGAAGAGGAGAUGCAGCCAAUGGAAAAACGCGAGGACUAGUCAGUUAAAACAUGUAUUGAACACUUAAGGCAUGGUUUCUUGGAAAUAAUUCUUAAGCUAUUUCAUUGAAACGUAUUUCAUUCUUAGAAAAAUGUUAAAUUUCAAGGAAAUAAAACAGUAGAUAGAGAAACAUUUACUGAUUAUAAAUGAUUAACAAUUAAAACCACAUUAAGCCUUUAAAUUCAAACGAAUACGAUGACUUUUUCUCUGAAUAACAGACAAACAUGUGUUUAAUAAUGUUUUAGAAAUUGAGUUAUGUACAGCAUGUUAGAUGGUAAUCACGCGCAUACAACAAUACUUUGUUUGUCUUUAAAUGUAGCAUAAAUGAAACAAAGUGGUGUUUUGAUACUAUAUCAGGGGAAUCAAAUCAAAAGGCAAAAGAUGGUUUCGCUAUAUGACCUACGAGCUGUAACAAAACGCCCAUCUUUUAAGGCAUGAUGAGCCCCUUAACAAAAUGUUACUCUUUUACAACCUAUCUAAUGCUAGUUUGUAUUGAUUGGUCAAAUGAAAGAAAAAUAGCAUGCUGAUUAGUCAAGGCCCUCAGUGUACCACAAUGUCUGUAUGUGUCCUUAAACUGACCAUUGCAUUAUAAACUGUCUUAUGUAGCUUAACUAGGUAUCUUAUUGUUUAAGUAAUGAAAAUGACAAGAGUAAAUUUGUUCGUGUUUAAAUACAAAUACGGAUUUUUGUUUAUGCUAUGUUGUAAUUUGUCAUGCCAUGCCAUGCCAUGCAAGUUGUAUACUUUUUAUGAUGGUUUCAGAUUAAAACCAUACCGCUGUGUAUGGUUAAAGUGACAUUAUGCCAAAUCCAAAAGUAUAUAGUGAGUGAACAGGUGAAAGUCAAAAUAUGUUUACAUUUUUCCAUAAUUCCUUUCAAUUUUAUAAUUCACUUUGCAUGAACAAUAAAUAACUUACAUGGCCCAACGAAAUUUCUGUAAAUAUUCAUCGAAAUAUGCCUUUAAGGUUCAAUUUAUUAAAAAGAGUGGGACAUUCUUUCAACAUUUUAGACACAUUUUUAUUUUAUGCUAAACAUUUUCCAAUAUCGACUGUUCAUCAAUCACCUCCAUCUUUUAAAAUAUAUCGUUAAUUCGGCUCAACUUGACGAUCGAGAAAUGAGCAUAAUGUCACUUUAGUUGGAAAACUACGUCUAAAGUUUACAAUUCAUUAUUUGUUAUAAUAUACAUGUAUAUCUUUAGGAUGUUGAAAUUUAUCAUUCAGUAUUUCAUUUGUAAAUACAGUUUUUGUCAUUUUACUAGUUUAUUAGAUUAAAGAAUAUAUUUUUAUACUAGAAAAAAAAAUAAACGUUGCAAUGAAAUGUUGAAUGUAUAUAUUGAAAUGAAUUGUUGAUCAUUGAUCAUUUUAUUAGAUUUUAAAUUUAAAGUUUAUUUUUCAUAGCAUAUUAUAUAGAGCUUUUUUAAUUAAAGAAAACAUUUUACAUGAGAGUUUCAAGGAAUUUUUGAUACUAGUUUUCUUGUUGUUGUUUUUUUUCCACAUAUUUUUAUAUGGAAUGAAAUUUUAGGAGCAUAUGGGGUGUCAUUUGUUUUUCUUUUUUCGAGUCAAUUUAUACAUCAGUUUAUGUAGAAUCUAUGCAUUUCUUCUUAUUUUAUGGCUAUUAGAACAUUUUAGAAAUUUACAAAUGAAUAGAAAUAAAGAAUAUGUUCACUUUU